UGAGUACCGACCGCGGCCCAUCUGGCAACAUCUGGGACGAUGCCCGCUUGGCCCAAGGUGUCCAGGUGUAUAGUGGGUGCUCGAGGGUCUAGAAGGCACUUUCCUGAGUCCUCAUGCCAAUCACCCCUCCAUUGAACUGACGUCGCUCCUUCACCCCGCCUCAGCUUGUCUUUCUACCCAUUGUGGUUCUUUUCUCCUUCUUUCACAGCCGUUGUUUCAAGCUUGCAACUAUACAUAUCCUUCGUUCGUUUUCAAGUCAAAAGUCACCCGAGUAUCUCGACGAGAAUCGUUCUCAAUCACUCUCAAAAUGGACAACAUCCGAGAAAAGCUCAAGCGCAGACUCAGCCACAAGGACCAAGCAGCCAACUUCGAUGAGCAUGAUUCUGCCGAUGAGGAGACCAUGGACUACGUCACCAAAGAAGCGGACGACGCCGAGAGAGAAGGCCACGACACUGGAAAGCCAGGCAGCUUCUUGAACCGCCUGAUCAUGCACGGCAACAAGAAGACCGAAGAACAACUUGCCCGCGAAGCAGCUGCUCGCAACGCUGAAGCAGGUUCUGCCGACCGCGUUGUCACUCAACGAUAGACAGCUGCUACCGAUGAGGUGGUCUCUGUUCGAACAGGAUGUUGAGAGUGUUAGACUUCGCAAAUGGCUGCAUCCAAUCCUACAUUUCUAUUCAUCAUUGGAGAAGUCACUCAUGUCCUGAACCUAUGGCAGGUUCGGACUGGUGACUGAGGCGUCAACCAUGCAGCCGAGGGGCCUGUAUCAUUUUCAUAGCAUGAGCGUUCGACAGUGCACAUACACGGAGCUCGAUUAGCACAGAAAGAAUCAUUACAUUCAAUUCAACCUUCA